UAUGGCAGUUAGGUUUCCUCGAGUAAAUAAGAGGACAAGCGAAGGAUGUAGGGCGAGCGAAGGAUCAAGGGCAGAGCAUAGUGGAUCGUCAGUUUCCUUGGUGAGCGCUUCACAUAUAUUCACCUCACCAAUGCCCUUCAACAGGUUCACACAGAGAUAUUUUUCAGUAAUGGAGACCUUUGGAGGGCUUGCAAUACGAAGGAGAAUCUGGAAAGACAUUUUAAGUUUACUGGUGGGAAGGUUUUCACUCGUUUCCCUCCCGAACCUAAUGGAUAUCUACAUAUUGGCCAUACUAAGUAAUGGAGACAUUUGGAGAGCUUUCAGUAUGAAGGAGAACUUGGAAAGGCAUCUUAAGUUUACUGGUGGGAAGGUUUUCACUCGUUUCCCUCCUGAACCUAAUGGAUAUCUACAUAUUGGCCAUACUAAGGUUCACACAGAGAUAUUUUUCAGUAAUGGAGACCUUUGGAGGGCUUGCAAUACGAAGGAGAAUCUGGAAAGACAUUUUAAGUUUACUGGUGGGAAGGUUUUCACUCGUUUCCCUCCCGAACCUAAUGGAUAUCUACAUAUUGGCCAUACUAAGGUUCACACAGAGAUAUUUUUCAGUAAUGGAGACCUUUGGAGGGCUUGCAAUACGAAGGAGAAUCUGGAAAGACAUUUUAAGUUUACUGGUGGGAAGGUUUUCACUCGUUUCCCUCCCGAACCUAAUGGAUAUCUACAUAUUGGCCAUACUAAGGUUCACACAGAGAUAUUUUUCAGUAAUGGAGACCUUUGGAGGGCUUGCAAUACGAAGGAGAAUCUGGAAAGACAUUUUAAGUUUACUGGUGGGAAGGUUUUCACUCGUUUCCCUCCUGAACCUAAUGGAUAUCUACAUAUUGGCCAUACUAAGGUUCACACAGAGAUAUUUUUCAGUAAUGGAGACCUUUGGAGGGCUUGCAAUACGAAGGAGAAUCUGGAAAGACAUUUUAAGUUUACUGGUGGGAAGGUUUUCACUCGUUUCCCUCCUGAACCUAAUGGAUAUCUACAUAUUGGCCAUACUAAGGUAGAAUAAUUCUGCUUACUAUGGUAUUAUCAUUAAUUUAAUAUUUAUGUUUUACAUCUUCAAGCACUGUUUAUUGAUUUUGGAAAGAUAGGGAUCAUGCUACUUAAGGUGAGGUGAGGAAUACAUGAUACAUCUCUUCUCCACUUUUAUAUAGUGUUAAACAUGACUUUACUUUGCUGCUUCUGCAGUUAAAAUAACAAUCGUGGUCCUGAUAAAUUUUUAGGGAUAAACUGUGUCAAUUUUGUGUGCCUCUCUCUUGUUUGUCUUCCUUGAAAUGAAAAUUUGGUUUGUAAAUUAAACACUGUUUAUUUGUAUGUGGUCGUCAGACAAA